GAACUUAAGAUCCAAUCAGCCAGAGACACUGAUAGAGGGAAGAGGCACAUGCCGGUUCAGUUCACUCAUUCACUUUUUCAUACAUCCUCGUUCUACUCACACUUGCUCAAAGCUCUGCAGGCAGAAGCAGUCUCCUACAUAGAAAGAAAGAGCUCUGCUAGGGGGAAAAUUCCUUUUGGAUCCCAAAGGAAACCAGGGUGCAAUCAGAGUCCUCAAGUUGUUCCUUUGAAGAAACUUACAGGGCAAGUAUUUCAACAUGAAUGGACCUGUGGAUGGCUUGUGUGACCAUUCUCUGAGUGAAGAAGGGGCUUUCAUGUUCACUUCGGAGUCUGUAGGAGAAGGGCAUCCUGAUAAGAUUUGUGAUCAGAUCAGUGAUGCUGUGCUGGAUGCUCAUCUUAAACAAGACCCAAAUGCCAAGGUUGCUUGUGAGACUGUCUGCAAAACUGGGAUGGUCCUACUAUGUGGGGAGAUCUCUUCAGUUGCCAUGGUGGAUUAUCAGCGUGUAGUCCGGGACACCAUUAAACACAUAGGCUAUGAUGAUUCAGCCAAAGGCUUUGACUUCAAGACCUGCAAUGUGCUAGUAGCCCUGGAACAACAAUCUUCAGAUAUUGCUCAGUGCGUGCAUUUAGACAGAAAUGAAGAAGAUGUUGGUGCUGGAGAUCAGGGUUUGAUGUUUGGCUAUGCCACAGAUGAGACAGAAGAAUGUAUGCCUCUCACCAUUAUACUUGCUCAUAAGCUCAAUGCCCGGUUGGCAGAUCUGAGGCGCACAGGGGUUCUUCCCUGGCUAAGACCCGACUCCAAAACUCAGGUCACUGUCCAGUACAUGCAGGACAAUGGGGCUGUCAUUCCAGUGCGCAUUCACACCAUUGUGAUCUCUGUGCAGCACAAUGAGGACAUCACACUGGAGGACAUGCGCCAGGCUCUAAAGGACCAAGUGAUCCAAGCUGUGGUGCCUUCAAAAUAUCUGGAUGAAAAGACAAUUUACCACCUGCAGCCCAGUGGGCGUUUUGUCAUUGGUGGGCCACAGGGGGAUGCAGGAGUCACUGGCCGGAAGAUCAUUGUGGACACUUAUGGAGGCUGGGGGGCUCACGGGGGAGGAGCCUUCUCGGGAAAGGACUAUACCAAGGUGGACCGCUCUGCAGCAUAUGCAGCCCGUUGGGUGGCAAAGUCCCUAGUGAAAGCCAAACUGUGUCGGAGAGUUCUUGUGCAAGUUUCCUAUGCAAUUGGUGUGGCUGAGCCUCUCUCAAUUUCCCUCUUCACCUAUGGGACCUCCCAAAAGACAGAGAAGGAGCUGUUAGAUGUGGUGAAUAAGAAUUUUGAUCUUCGUCCUGGAGUAAUUGUGAGGGACCUUGACUUGAAGAAGCCAAUUUAUCAGAAGACAGCAUGCUAUGGCCAUUUUGGAAGAAGUGAAUUUCCUUGGGAAGUUCCCAAGAAACUCAUAUUUUAAUGUUGACAGGAACCGGUAUCUUGAAGAGAGCAAAGUAGGAUUCCAUAUUGCAAGAUGGCCCCAGAUUUCCACUCCCAUUUGAUCACUCUAUGUCCAGAUCAGAGAGCUACACGAUACUGACAGACUGUAUUAUCUCUAUAGGAAUUGGUUUUGUUAUUCACUACUGCCCCAACUUAGUGGCAAAACCAUGCCUACUUUUAGGAUGUUGCUAUCAGCAGCGGGCCUGGUAGAAUUCAUCUUUCUAGUGUUGCUAGAUCAGACCUGUUUGUAAAGAUCAUGAUGAUUUCUCUUCAACUCUUGAUUCUGACCCAGGACAAUAUGAUUUGAAAAGAAAGACAUAUAUCCAGGCUGUAUAUACAAGCCAAUUGCAGCUCUUAUCCCUUUAUCACUCACAGGCCAGUGGUGGUAAUGGGGUUUGGAAUUGAGGAAGUGUAGGGCCCAGAUUUAUUUCUCUUAUAAUGGCAUCCUGGGUUCUUUGUAGAUAGAUCUCUUCUACUUGCCAUGUGCCAACACAAGGGUUUCCCAAAUGGGUCAAUGUCCCCAAAAUUUGGCCUUAUAUUUACAAAAUAAUCCUUAUACCAUGGGGUUCCUAUUAGGACCCCCAAGGAGGUUCAUUAAUAGAUUUCAGGGGGUCUGUGAAUUUAGCUGGGGGAAAAGUGCACACCUUUAUAUUCACGAACCUCUAACUAAAAUAUAGACCAUUUUCUAUAAUGAUUUAAAGACAUUCCUCUGAGAAGGGGUCCCUAGGCUUCAUUCACCAGAUACUGCCCAAGAGGCAGUUAAGAAAACCUGAACUACACUGAAAAGUUCUUAACUAGGGAAGAAGAGUGAUGAAAUGAAGAGAUUCUUGGAUUUGGACUCAGAAGUCCUGGGUUCAAAUCCUGACUUUGUCAUUUAGUGUCUCUGUGACCUCAGGCAAAGCACUUAGCUCCUUCAACCAUAGAGUGAGGGCAGUUGGCCCUCUAAAGUCCCUUCAAUUCUAAAUCUAUGACCAUAUGAGCCUAGGGCCAGUUGAGGGUCAUACUUCUGAGGUCUCAGGCUCCUUCCUGUUGAGCCCUGUCUUGGUGCUCUGGGCCAGGUUUUUGUCAAGAAGCAGGCCUCAUAGAGAAAGCAGGUUUAAAUGGCACCCUAGCCAGUGUCUUGAACAUAGUAGGAGCUUAGUAAGCAUUUAUCGAAUCGACUAGGAAAGACUUAUUUGAAAUAUGUCCACAUCUGCCUGGAGAGAGGACUGACACUUCCAUGGCUGAUUGAUAAUCAAUGAUCCUCAUGAUUAAAUGCAUAAAAGGAGACAAGGCCAGGGAGAGAAGCUAAAGAAGUAUUUAUUGCUGUCUCAGGAAUAUUUCACACAAAUCAUAUAAUGUGUCAUCUAGCAAGGAUACCCAAGAGGUUGCUCUUGGAAAGAGAGUGGAGGAUAAAAACCAGUGAGAAGCUAGAAAGAUUAAAGCACUAAGAGGAAACCCUGCUAAUCAAGAAAUCCUGUGUCACUCAGGGGCCCCAGUUCUGGGGCCCAUUUUCCAUAGAGGAGCUGCUGCUGUUGUUAGGAAGAUGAAUCCUGAAAACUCAUUUUGAAGAGACUUAUGUUUCCUGGAGGACAUAGCAAUGGAGCAAGUUCUUUACUGGAAAAAUCACACCUCUUAGACACAAGCAUUUUUUCAUGUGAAGGACUGCCAAGCCUGAAACUGUGAUUAUACUUUCAUUUUCUUACCUGGUACUUUCUAAGUAGAGAUAUUUUUAAAUUAAAUGCAUCUAUAUCUUACUAUGAAACCAUUGCUAAUAGGCAGGCCCAUUGUAAAGGUCAAGCUGAUUUUUUAAUGUAUAACACUAAGCUACAUAAAGUAACAGAUGUAAUAUACCUCAGCUACCACUCCCUCCUUUUUUUUUUCUUUAGCUCAAAUGAAUGUGAAAAAUAACUCAGCCACUGAAGAAAAUUCUGAUUUGAACCAAGGAUACUAUGAUGAAUCAAAUCAGUCUAUCAUCUCCAAAUUUAAUUCCUUAUUCCUUUAAGGCAAAUCUCUUUAACUGAUACCACAUUGUCCUUACGGCUGUGAACUCACCUGUGGUUCAUCAAUUACUUAUCCGCCUAGGAAACUAAAAUUCCAGCAUCCUUUUGUCAUUGAUCACCAAUAAUGUUCUAUCUUUUAAAGUUCCUCUCACAUCUACAUAAUAAUUGAUGCAUUUUUUUUUUUAGUGAGGUAAUUGGGGUUAAGUGACUUGCCCAGGGUCACACAGCUAGUAAGUGUUAAGUGUCUGAGGCUGGAUUUGAACUCAGGUACUCCUGACUCCAGGGCCGGUGCUCUAUCCACUGCUCCACCUAGCUGCCCCAAUUGAUGCACUUUAAAAAAAAAUUAUUUUUUGGCCCCAGAGAAAUCCUCAGGACAAGACUUUCUUUCAGACCCAUAAUUUCUAAGUAUUUGCCAAGAAUUCCAGUGUUAGGCAACUUCAUGAGACAAGCAACCUGUCUGCCCUGAUCAUUGCCAGCAGAAAACUCAGUUUUACUUCACAUUAAUGAAAUGGUUCUGACAGAUAAAAUUCUAAGGGCAAAAAAGGCUAGUGGAAGAGGAUCUCUGUUCUUGUCCUAUGAUACCUGCUGAACUUAUUGUUAUUAUUUUUCAUAUUCAUGGGAGAUAUUGUCUGAGCACAGAAGGAUAAUUUAUGCACAAUCCCCUUGAGCCAAAAUGGGAUGCAGAAAUGCCAUGCUAUAGCUUAAUAAUAUUUUGCCAAAAAGUCCCUCUACUUCUAACAGAGUAUCACAUUUAGGGCCAGAUUUGGCCUUGGCCAGCCUCGCCAAAGGAGUAAGUGACCUGAUUUUUGUUGACUCUUCCUUUCCAGAAAUAUAAAGAGCAAGUUCAUUUCUUAGCCUAUUUGCAAUUCAUUGAUUUUCUACUUUCUUGCCCCCAUCAGAAAAAAAAAUUAAAGAAAAGGUAUUUGUAUGAAGCUAACCUCUUUUCUUCUUAAUAUUCAGCUCCUGCUAGUUCUGUAUAUAAUAAAUAAAAUUCCAAACAAGAUUAGUCUUCGGUUCAGUCUUUGCCAUUCUUCAAAGUCUUCCAAAAUAGAAAGAGAUGGGGAAAAAGCAGAAUAAUAUUAAACAAGAUUGCACUUUGAAAUGGAAACAAAGGGGCCAACUUCUGGAUAACUCCAUUUUUUUUCUGUACUCUAUCAUGUCUUUUCUCAUAUUUUUUUCUCUCAGAUAUUUCCUCAAGUUUUACAGGUCAUAAUGGUUAACUCAUAAUGGGUAAAGCACAAUCCAUUAUCAUAUCACUGUAUUCAGACUGGUUCACAACUGCACACUGCUUAAAGGAAUUGAAGGUUGUAGAAAAUGUGCAAAAGACCUUUUGUAACAAGAUCAAGUUAAGGAGACUAAGCUAACUUGUUGAGCUGCUAAUUCCUCCUUGUUUUAUGCUCAGUUUUAACCUUAAUGUCAAAAUAUUAAAAAUACAAGUAAAUAUGUAUGACUUCUCACAAGUUUUCUAGUAUGAACAAGUAUGCCGGCAUACUGAUGUGAUCUUUUUUCUCAAAAAGAUGCUUUAUGUAUUUGUGUAUAUAAUACAUAAUACAUAGUACAUACAGACAUACAUACAUGGGUGUAUAGGUUGUUCAAGGAGAACUUGCAUCUCUGGUGUGAGGUCUUGCUGAGUCCUUUUCAGGGCUGCUCAUCCGCCGUUGCUGUCUACCUGUUCCCCAACUCUCUCCAAAAGGUGACUCCAAAGAGCUCUAAGUAGCAUUUUCUUUAGCCACAAUGUGGUGAAACCAUUUGGGCAGAAGGGCUAAACCAGGCUGAAGGUAACUGAGGGGUCUCACGCCUGUCAGGGGAUGUCUAUCCCAAGCAUGCGAAGAUUACCUGGUAGAACGAGCAGAAGUGAACAAUUUGUCCCAAUGGUCACAAAGGUGACUGAAGCAGGCUAUGUGGAGUACUUAGACCUCGGUCAGACAUCCAAAAUGCCAAAGUCAUCUACCACAUCCCAGGCCAUUGCCAGUGCUUCUGACUUUUGUCUUACUAUUAGACUAUGAUGACUGAAAGAGAGUGUGAGGCUGAUGACAAUGUAAUUGUCUCACUUAAAUCCAAUUCAUACACAAAUCAAGACUUCACCCUGUGAUGUCAUUAGUUCUCUUGAAAACAAAGGAAAACAGCAACACGCACACUACACAUACAUAAAUACAUAUGCACUCAUUUUUGGGCGGUGGAAAUGCUCAAUAAACUUUAAAGUGUUUAAAAAAACCCA